GCAGGGCACAUCGACGACGAAACCUUGGAUAACGAACGAGUCACCGAUCUCGCAACGUUCACCGCUGAACCGUGGGGCGAUUCACGCCUAGUAAACAUGAGCAAAUACUCGGUGACCGUGCUGUGGCUACUUCCGGUGCUGGCGCUGGCGUUGCCCGCCAACGACAAGCCUGGAAGCGACAACGACCUGAUGGCGACCAUAUACAACGAUUGUUUGAAGAAGGAGUCGGCGCACUGCAUGAAGUACAAAGUAUUCUCCUACGUGGACAAGAUGCUGGCCGAUAAGGAGGAUAUCACGCUCACGGACGGGAUCACAGUCGUCAAGACUUCCAACGCCGAGGAAGGAGCUCCUAGAUCCAUCGAGUCCAGCGACCUGGAGACGCUGCUGUUCGACCGAUUGGGGAGGUUCCUCAGGACUCACACUGUUAAGGUUGAUCUGAAGGGCACGGACAUCCUUGGGGCCAUCGAAUCCGCUGGACGCAGCUUCGAGGACUUCACUGAUAAUGCUGUCGAAAGCCGUGGCAAGAAGAAGAAGGCCCAGAAGAUCCUUGGCCCGCUGAUGAUGGCCCUGGCGCUGAAGGCUGCAGCCCUGUUGCCCCUGGCCCUCGGUGCCAUCGCCGCCAUCGCCGGCAAGGCCCUCCUCGUGGGCAAGAUAGCCUUAGUGAUCUCUGCGAUCAUAGGCCUGAAGAAGCUCCUCAGCUCCAGCGGGAAGCACGUGACCUACGAGGUUGUCUCUCAUCCUCAUCACAGCAGCAGUCACGUAGUCAGUCACGACGAGGGUCACGGAGGUGGCGGCUACGGAGGCGGUGGCGCAGACUAUGGCGGCGGCGGCGGUUACUCCGGUGGCAGUGGUCACGGAUGGGCCAGGAGUCUGCCCCAGGACUCACACGAAUUGGCCUAUCGCGCCCAUCAACCACAGCCGCAAUCAUGAAGCUUCCACUAGAAAUAUCUCAACCUCACUUUCCACUCUUCCCUUUCGUUUCCACUUCUUCCUCUCUCUCUCUCUCUCUUUUUCUCUGUUUCUUCCUAUCAUCUCCUGCCCUCUAUUCGCUAUGUAUAUUUAUUGUUCCUAGCUUUAAGACACUCCAAGAUCCUUUCCCCUCUCGUUCUAUCAUCCUGCUAUCAUUCUGUUAUCCCCUUUCCCCAGGCAACGGACCAGUACCUCCGCGAGAUACUCGUUCCCAUGUAUAGCGUUACGCGAGCCUUGUUAUUUAUUCGUUGCGCCUAACCUAGUAUUUAUUUUCAUUACACGACAUCCCGCGUGUGCUAUUGUUACUGCCUCCGUUGUUCUUUGUAAUAAAGUGAUGGCGAACGGCGCGCUGGCGUCUUGUCCCAAAGAAAAAAAAGCAAAGCGAAGUGAAAUCCAGUAGAUCAAGGCUCCCCCCUCCAAAAAAAAAUGGCGGACACCCACCGCCUCGUGUAAUUCCAAUCCG